CCCAUCUUCUAAUCUCCUAAACUACAACGCAGCUAAGGCCGCCAUCAAAAGUCAUGGCUUACCACCAUAGAUCAAUCAGUCUUCCUUCUAGGCCUGCCUCCAGAGUUGAGGAGCAGCUGCAAAUCCUAGAGGCAUGCACCUCCUCGCCCUCGACAAACAUCGAGACAACCUGCGAUGGUCUGAGGAAGCUUGGAGACAUCUAUAGUUCCAUUGAGGAGGUUAUGUGCCUCCCUAGCAACCAAGUUUGCUCCUCCCAGCAAAGGAAAUUGCUGGAUGGAGAGAUGGAAUGCUCUCUUCAGCUGUUGGAUCUCUGCAAUGCCAUGCAAGUGGACUUUGCCGAGUUGAAGGCCAUUGUCCAAGAUCUGCAAGUGUCUCUCAGAAAAGGAGAUGAUGCAGCGGUUCAGGCCAAGAUCCAGUCUUACUUCCGCUUGGUUAAGAAGGCAAAGAAACAUUUCAAGAAGGCUGCAAAGAAGGUUUCCUCUGACAAGGAGGACUGCAGGAUCCUGAGGCUGUUGAGCGAGGCUAGAGAGAUUAGUACCUCUCUUCUGGAGUCAACAGUGCAGAUCCUGGCGAAGCAAAUUGCUAUGCCCAAACCAUCCAUUGUCUUGAAGGCAUUCCAGAAGAGAACUUCAGUUGUUUGCAAGGAGGAGCAGUUGCAGGUGUUAGAGUGCAACAUCAAGGAUCUUGAGGAUGGAGCAGGACUUCUGUUCAGGAGAUUAAUCCAGAGCAGGGUUACACUACUGAAUAUUCUCAGUUCAUAGAUAAUCCUCAAGAUGUGUUGCUUUUGACACCUGCGAUUGG